UACAAUGGCCUAUCCAUGUAAUAUGAGCAGCGUUUAUAUUCCGUCUGACGUGGGAGAUUUGUUUGUUGGGUUGCGGUCAGUACAUGCCCUGUCGUCAUCUUUCUUUUGAUAUAGAGUCUCUUAACUGCACAAUAUUAUACACAGUCAUUGAAUAUCUACUCCUGUCUGCGACUUUUCUUUCUUUACUUCACCCCAAUGUCAAGGCAUGCAAACAUGGCCGCUUUUUCAUCUUUCUCCUCUCCGCCCUCAAGUCCUUCACUGUAUGAUGCACCCCCAUCAUAUGGCAAAACUCUCCGCACUCCACACCGCUAGCUGCCCGCGCACGAAAACCAUCACAGAGCUCGCCAAAGCCCUGGACGAGCACCGAGUAGCCCUGGUCAGAGGUCCCCCAUCCGCCGGCAAAACAACCCUCGCAAGGCUCCUCCAAAGCUACUACACCAGUCGCGAAGAGCCCGUCAUCUUCCUCACAGGCUGGCCCCGCAAAACCGUCGAUCCACCGAUCUACCUCUAUGAGAAAUGCAAGGAAGCCGGGUACGAGGUCGACUACAUGACCCUCCAGUACUCAAACAUCACAUUUAUCAUUGAUGAAGCGCAGCAAUCGUACAGCGAUGAAGCGCUGUGGCGGGGUUUGAUCAAGUCGCAGAGCGGCUGCCAGAGCGGUGCGAGGAUCUGUUUGUUUGCGUCGUAUGGGAACCCGGUCAUGGGGACGCCGGAGGGACCAGGGGGUCCGCCUGUGCAUUUUGAAUCGGAGCAGCGGGUUUCACUGCUGAGGUAUCAUGCGUCACAUGGGCCGCAUUCGAAUAAUCUCGGGUUGUUUUAUACGCUGGAGGAGUUUGAGUAUGUGCUGCUGCUGUGGUCGGCGGUUAAUGAGGUUGAGAUUGCGCCGGUUGCGAGGAAGGUUCUUUAUUAUGUGACCGGUGGGCAUCCAGGGGCGGUUGAAUCGCUGGUGGCGUAUAUAUUGGCAUAUUACCACUCCGAAGUAGAAAACGGCAGCAUCAAAACAAUCACAGAAAAACUUCUAGUGGAUUGCCUACAAGACGGACCCAAUCUCUUCGCUUCCCUCCAAACAACCGUCUUCUUUCGAUCAGUCCCAACCUCGCAACAACUCGCACUCGCUCCCGCCGCUGCAACCGCGCUCCAUCGAAUAAUCCAAGAAGGCACAAUCCCAUGCGACCUGGACGAUCCCGGCGUUGAACUCUGCUUUAAGAGAGGCUGGGUGCACACUGACUAUACGCACAGUUCUCCGGCCGGGGUUGACAAUUUGGUUUGUUUUUUGCCGACGAGGUUGCACGUGAAAAUAUUGGAGGAUCUUCUGGGAAUAAACCAGCCGGGGUCGUUUUUCUGAGUGGUGGUUGGAUCCUUGUCUCCAUGGUUAUUCUUGCAUGGGUAUAGCAUAUGCUGAAAACCAGCCAGAACUGGGAACAGCUAGCGGGCAUUGCAAUUGAUUCUUAUACAAUUCAUAAUUAGGAGGACACGGUCGAGACUCUUUUAGAGCACAAAAUGCCACAGAAAAGGAUGUUAAGUCCACAGAUAGAACAAAUCAAAUCCAUAAUAUUAUUAG